UACCCUGCAGAGCAUGACCCAUCAGGGUAUUUGUUGGGUGAUGCAGUGUUGCAUCUUGAUGAAAUGCUUGGUCAUACCAUCCUGGGAAAACCAAGUGCCAAUCCUAUGAAGGAGAAUACCCGUAGAGACAAUGCCUUGAAAGAUGGAACCAAUCUCAAGUUACUUUUGAGCUACAUUCGCAACUCGUCAGGGAGGCAUGAUAAGGGAAGGCAUGCCGAGAUCACCUAUCUCAAAGAGCUUGCAUCUUCAAAGCACAAACCCAAACGGCGAUCCAGUGGGAGUCAGGGCAGUACACCAGUUGCAUCCCCAAUGUCACCGACAUCUUCAACGGCUACUACAAUUGGGUUGGAUGGUCAGUCUUUGUACACAGACAAGACUGGAAGUGAGAACAGUCCAGCUGAAAAUGUGGAACCGCUUUGCACUGCGACAGCUUCUCUCGAUGUCAUUGACCGAACCUUGAUGCUGCUUGGGCUGGAUCCUUGCACUGCCUGUAGCCAAGACCUGUUGGAACGAGUUGAGGCGCGUUUCCCUCGGGAAGUCUAUGCGCAUGUCUUGGAAGAAGAUGUUGGGCAAGCUGAACCAGUGCAUGACUGUGAUGAGAUGGAAGGUGGUGAUGUGGUUGAAUCUACACUGCAAGUCGUGGAGCCACCAGCACAUGUGGUGGAUCAUGUCCAACCAACAAGUUUGGUUUCCCCACCAAUGGCAAUGGUGUGUGUGGAUCCAACCUUAGAAGGGCCAGUGGAGGAGGUUGUGCAUCCCCCCGUGGUGGAUACCGAUCAUGUGAAAGAGUCUCAAACUGGUGCUAGUAUGGAGCCUCCGAGGCGUCGCUACAGGACGAAGGCCCCGGCCCUUGAUCGACCUAUGACAUCAGAACCCUUACAGCCACCACAUGGCCCUGAGGGAUCUAUGUCAUGCCCACCAGCCGUGGUAAAUCCCCUCGACCAACUGAAGCUUGUUGAGGCCCAGCGGCCCAAGCGAGCUGCGGGAGCAGUCAAGGACCCGCCGGCUACCAAGAAGGCCAAGACCGAUGCGAAGAAGGACGCCGCACCUCUGGCAGCGGGUGACAUGCUGCCAGUUCCUGAAGGUAUGCCAGAAGAAUGCAUGCCACCUGAGAAGCGUGGCAAGUUAUCAUACACGAUUCAGAACUCGAAGACUGCAGCCAAAGUGGAAGUCCUUCUCAAGCACAAAGCAUUUCAUGUUGUCAAGAUUUCAGUCGUUGACCACAAUGGAGCGCCUUUGACGCCCCCAAUCGUCAAGCAGCGUUCCUGGAAUGAUGACAUUGCUGCGGCAUGGCAGGAAACCAAGGUGGCGUGUGGUUGGCGCAGCUAAGAUGAAACUUUGCAGGCUCUGCAUUUUGCAAUUAUUUUAAUGACACAUCUAUGAUCAGUCCCUUUGACCACGCUAGACAACUGUGUGGUGGGAAAUCUUGAACAAGAGUGUAUCGAGAAUCUUGGGGUAGAAGAAGAACAUGUGGCAAUCAUGCAAUGGUCAUGACACUAUGCCACGUGGACGGGGUUGCAGAUCGACACAUCGAAAAA